GCCGAGCGCCAUGGGGGACGCCGGGAGCGAGCGCAGCAAAGCGCCCAGCCUGCCGCCCCGCUGUCCCUGCGGCUUCUGGGGGUCCAGCAAGACAAUGAACCUCUGUUCCAAAUGCUUUGCUGAUUUUCAAAAGAAACAACCAGAUGAUGAUUCCGCUCCAAGUACAAGUAACAGCCAAUCAGAUUUGUUUUCUGAAGAGACCACCAGUGACAACAACAAUACCUCGAUAACCACGCCAACUCUUAGUCCCAGCCAGCAGCCGCUUCUGACAGAAAUGAAUGUAACUUCACCAAGUAAAGAGGAGUGUAAGUGUCCAGAUUCUGGUGGGCCAUGCACAGACACAGCUCAUGUCUCAUUAAUCACACCAACCAAAAGAUCCUGUGGCACAGAUUCACAGUCUGAGAAUGAAGCUUCACCAGUGAAACGGCCACGACUACUGGAGAAUACUGAACGGUCUGAGGAAACCAGCCGGUCUAAACAGAAGAGUCGCCGUCGGUGCUUCCAGUGCCAAACCAAACUGGAGCUAGUGCAGCAGGAAUUGGGAUCGUGCCGCUGUGGCUACGUGUUCUGCAUGUUACAUCGCCUCCCGGAGCAGCACGACUGUACGUUUGACCACAUGGGUCGUGGCCGAGAGGAAGCCAUCAUGAAAAUGGUGAAACUGGACCGGAAAGUGGGGCGUUCCUGCCAGCGCAUCGGGGAGGGGUGCUCCUGAAGGCCAGGCACGGCCACACAUGACGCUGUUCUUAGUUCACUAAUGUUAGCCUUAUUUAGGACAAAGUCAGCCAGACACCUUGUACUGGGCACGCGUCAGACUACAGCCAGUCCGUUUCCUUUCUUUAGCCAGCCAUCCUGGUACUGUAGUUUAGGGGUUGAUGGUGGUUGAAAUUGAUUUCUGGCUGGUUACUAAGGUGCCUGCUAGCCAUUGUAUAAAAUUAAAACAUGAAGAAUAUUUUUUUUGAGCAUGGCUAGUGGAUUUAAAACAACACAUACCUGUCACUGCUGGAGUCAAACUUAAAAAAGCCUUAAGUGGAAAUGUUCCAGAUGGAGACUUGGAGUCACUGAGGAGAAGCUGGUGUUAAUGUUCCCACGACGCACAUGGCUUUGCCAGAAACUCUGUAAUGUUCCGCCUUUCACCUCUUCACUUAUCCUUAGUCCCGGUAGCCAAGAUACCUGAUGGCCACGCGUGCCUUGGCCAUGGGAGGCUGCCACGAGUGGCCAUGUGGCUGGGCAGGGGGUGGUCUUGUGCUCCCACAGAGCUGGAAAGGGGGCUCAGGCUGGUUCUUAGGAAAAAUUUUUUAUCUGACUUGCUAUGAAAAACUCAUCACACAAGAAGACAAGCAUUAACCUCACUUUGAGAAUUCCUCCACUUGAGACUAACCACCACCACCAAGACCCACCUCUCUACACAGGAUCCACAGAGUGAGAAGCAGCAAGUAUCCUGGCCGGUCUGCCGUUUGCCAAGUUUCAGGGACCUGGCGAUUGAUCAAAUAAGGCUAAUCUCAGCACAGCAGCUGUGCCGGGCUGCCCCACUGGCCUCUGCACCUUGAGUUCUAUAUUGGGAGUUUCUUCAAAAGGUGUUUCAGAGCUGAUGGGGGAUCUGCAGAGGCACUUGGGAGAAGCUGGGACAGCUGCUGCCCAGACUCUGCCCUUCCUGCUCCCAUUGACCCCCUGGGGCCAAGCGGGCAGUGCCAUGGUCUCUGCCUCUCCUUCUCUAGAGACAGGCAGUGCACAUGGACUACACAGCAAGCUCAGUGAAAGAGGCAGCCUAGUGCCUGGGACAGGGCUUAGUCUCUGCUCUGGGGGCUGGGGGGGUGUGUCCUCAGCCUGUGCCCUCCACCUGGGCAGAGAAGCCCAGUAGCUGCAGCCGCUCAGGCCAGAUGAGAAAGAGGAGAGGUGGGCCUGUGGCCUGUGUUACUAGUGGAGAUUGGGGGCCAGGUAGACAGGAGUAAGAUACCCUUGAACCUGAGUGGGCAUCAGUGGCCUCACAGCCCUAAAAUAGGUUGGUGAGGGGAGAUGGCUCCUACAGAGAUGGUUUAUAUCUGCCAAUGCACAGGCUUCUGGAACUUUCCCUUCAUACCACAACAAACAGUUUAGCUCUGCAAAUCAGCAGCAAAACACCACACACAAAUAUUUUUUGGUCCAAAAUACUGAAAUAGGAAAUCAUGCUCUUCACCCCCAGCCCCUGAGUGGAAUCCGCUGCAAAAUCUCCAGCCUUAAUUCUUGCUUCAGGACCAGACUGGUGUCUUGCUCUCGGGCAGCCCAGGGCAGGGCACCCGGUCUGCCCACGUUUACCACUGUUGUCAAGCCACGGCCCUCUGGCCAGCCCAUGGCCUUCCUCACUGAGGCGCCUGCCUAGGCUCCCCCUCAAGCUUCAAUCCCCAAGAGGCCACACGCGUGCCCUUCCGCCCUCCUCAGGCCCCAGCAGCUGCUGCCGGGCAGCAAGGGGCAGCAGGCUCUGGGGGACGGGCGGCACGCAGGGAGGCCCGACCCCUGUUCACUUCCCGAUGGUAGAGCUGGGGGUGGGGGGAGGAAGGGCUGUGCCCCUGCAGUAUCUGUUCUGUGAAGUUUGUUAAAUGUAAGGAAAGCUUAAAUUCUUGUAUCUUUAAGAGAAAAAAUCUUAUUUAACCCUUUUGUGUUCUAGAUUUACUUACACAUAUAGCCUAGAGCUCAGUUUUAGUUUUAACAUUGUGAAAAUAUUAAAAGAAUCUUGUAACUUUAUUCCUUUUUUUCUCCUGCUGAAAAAAAAAUUAAACCAAUCAUAUGAAA